AUGCUCAGACAGCUACUGGGUGGUGACAGUGAGAUGAAUAAUAACAUCAAUGGCGUAUCAUUAACAUCAGCAAUGGAUCCAUUCCACUGGCAGUUUCCAACCAAUAGUUCGGUGUCUGGAACAUCGGAAUUGUUUAGUUCAACUUUUGCAAUGUUAAGUGGAGGAGAUGCUGCAACCCCAUUUCCCGAUCAAUGGAAUGAACAGAAACCGAACGUAGGAUCUGGAUUGUUUUUUGACCAAAACUCAUCAACUCCAAUAGUUCCCGGGUUAUAUGAUCCUGCCAUAGAUAAUGCAAUGCCACGGUUUGAAUCUCCGCAGGCAAUGCCUUAUAGAUUGUAUCCAAGUCAAAAUCCAUUUAUGUUACCAUAUCAACAACUUGCUCAACCACUUCCUAAUAACAAUCAAAAUUUACCUCUUAAUAAAGUUGCUCAAUCAUUCGGAGCUCCACCAACUACGACACAGUCUAAUCAGAUUCUUCGGCCGAACCCUUCUCAUCCUGUUCGGAAUGAAAAUCCAUCAACAUCAAAUAAGAUGAAUCAACGUUGUAAUAACUACAACAGAAGUGUGCCAUCCGUGUCGCCAAAUCUUUUCUCAUCCUACAAUUCUCCUCUUGUUAGCAGUGAUUCAUCACGCGGUGAUACUAGCCCCAUGAAUGAUGCUCAGCCUAAUAAUGGAUCUGCCGGCUCCGGAAAUGCAGACGUCGGAGAGGUUCGUGCCUCUUCUGGAAAGGCCCUUCCUGAAGACAGCCUUCCAUUCGGAUUUCAGAAGCUCCAGGGCUCUGGAGAGGAUGUGCGAGUCAUGUGUCUGGCGUGUAAAGGCGUUUAUCCGUCUAGACGCAGUUUGACAGGUCACAUCGGUCGCAACGAGAAGUGCCGGGAAAUCAUAGGUCGGAAUUACCUUGAUCAGGUAGCUGCAGGGGCCAAUCCCAUAGCUCCAGGCACAGAGUCAGCUUUAAAAGCUGGAGCCUUAACAAAUGGUCAAGAUGGCUUAAGUCCCGUCUGUCCAUAUUGUGAUCGGUUUAUUAGUCAUUAUAAAGGAAAUAUUCGACGACACAUUAAUCAAUGUGGAAAAAACAAUACGGGAACACGACGACCACGUCCAGAUAAAGAAAAAGAUCGGAAGCGAGGCAAAAAGCGGGCAGAUGAUGGUCCUCCAGCCAUACUGCAAGACGGAUUCGAACCAAAUUAUCCGUUUUCAGUGUCACCAAAUAUGAACAUGAUGCCCCCACAAAACGGAGUUAACGGAGUCACAACAACGACUUUUUUACCGACAAUGAAUGAAGAGAACACAGCAGUUCAACUUCCCACAGACCCAUCACCUCCUAAUGGCAUUCGUAAAGAUAGUGAGCCACCUGAGGAUGCAUACAUUUGCGGGCAAUGUGACUUUGUGACGAUUUACAAAGGCAAUAUGAAGAGACAUCUAAAUACUUGCCAUCCAGCUCCAGAAUGCAAAGAUCUGAAAGAAUGGGAUCGAAAGCUUGAAUCCAUGAGAGCAUCAGCAUUGGGAAUCAGUAAAGAUGAAAUGAUGGACAGGCUACAAGCCCAUAAAAUGAACUCGACCAGAGGAAGAAAGCCAAGACCCAAACCUGAUGGCACUAUGUCUCAGAAUGGCCAAGCUUUAGCUACUAAUGCAGCUCCUCCUGUUCAAAAUGGCCCAAAUUCUAAUCAAAUGCAACAACAGCCACAAACGUCUUUACAUCAGAGUCAAAUGCAGCCUCAGCCACAUAUGCAAAUGAUGCAGCCACAGUCCUUGCCUCCUUCUCAUCAGCAGAUGCAUUACAAUUAUGGUAAUUAUCUGUGA